AUGAUUCGCACGAAUAAAAAGGCGAAAAGGCGACGUACUCAGUUCGAAUUCCCCGACUCGGAACCGCCACCACCGCCGUUGAAAUUCGCGCGAAGUUCCAUCAAGCAAGAAAUUCAGGAACCUAUCCACGAACACGUCCAUCGCUAUCAACCAUCAUCGCUACAGCCGUCGUCUUCACAUCAGACACGAAGCAAAACGCUGAUGACCCCUGCGCCAACACCGAGUUGUCUCGGUACUGCUGAGGGUUUUUCACAACUCCUUGCCAGUGAUUCGUCGAAAUCAGUGGGCGUGGCAGCUAUCGAAACGCUUCUCACUGCACUUGAAAAUAGCAGAGCACUUGCAGCUACCACUGUGAAUGAAUUAAACAAGGAGUUAACGGAAAUCGUAAAUGGAAUGGCAAAGACGGAUUACAGUUCCACUUCUAUACGAAGUGCAAGCGAUCUUUUCCGAAGGUUUAUCACUCUCGCUCCUGCUGAGUUGCUUGAUCAACGCGAUUUCACAAAGGUUCUUUCUUUUUAUCGACAACGAGGCAAAAUUUUCAUAGAACGAGUCGGUAAAUCGAGAGGGAUGAUUGCGAGACACGCCAGGCCAUUCUUCAGGAACAACAUGGAGUUAACGGAAAUCGUAAAUGGAAUGGCAAAGACGGAUUACAGCUCCACUUCUAUACGAAGUGCAAGCGAUCUUUUUCGAAGGUUUAUCACUUUGGCUCCUGCUGAAUUGCUUGAUCAACGCGAUUUCACAAAGGUUCUUUCCUUUUAUCGACAGCGAGGCAAAAUUUUCAUAGAACGAGUCGGUAAAUCGAGAGGAAUGAUUGCGAGGCAUGCUAGGCCAUUUUUUAGAAACAACAUGAAUAUAUUGACGCACUCGUACAGCAAAGUUGUUUUGGAAGCGCUAACUACAGUUCAUAGAACAGGGACAGUAGUGCAUGUUUGGAACAUAUUGACGCAUUCGUACAGCAAAGUCGUUUUGGAAGCGCUAACUACAGUUCAUAGAACAGGGACAGUAGUGCAUGUUUGGGUCACGGAGUCACAACCCGAUGCUUCUGGUCGAAUAAUGUGUGAUGCACUGCGAAAAGAAGGGAUAAAGGCAACACUGAUUUUGGACAGCGCUGUGGGCUAUCUUAUGGAACGCAUUGAUAUGGUUGUUGUGGGCGCCGAAGGCGUUAUGGAAACUGGUGGAAUUAUCAAUAAGGUCGGUUUCAUUUUUCGAAAGUAGAU